AUUUUAUUAUUUUAUUCGUUUUUUUUUCCCGUUUCGUAUUCUUUCCUGGAUUGCAUUGUUGCCCGACGUCCUCCUCCCCUCCGCACAGUCCCCACCCCACCAUUUCGGACGAUGGCGCUCGCAACCAACAACAACAGCUUUCCCGUGGAGCGCAUUCGGCAGGAAAUCCUGCGCAUUGAUACCAUCAAGAAGGCGACAGAAGACCUGCUCGAGAAGGUGUCAGAGGUGCCGGACGAGGACUUGCGCCGCCAGCUGCUUCAGAAGCUAAACCAUCUCAAAGAAAUUGUGCUCGAGCCACCAAAUUGGAAGGACGAUGCGACACCCACAUUCAAGCUGGUCAUCAUGGGCGCGCCGGGCUGCGGAAAAACAGCCUUAAUCACCCGACUCAUCAAUGGUGAAUUCAAAAAGGACGCCGAGCCACCAGCCGCCAUGAACGAUCGCUACACGAAAAAGCUGCGUGUUGAUGGAUCGCAGGUGCAGUUGCUUAUCUGGGACACUUACGGCCAACCUGGUCCGCAGGUUGUCGCCUGGGCGGAUGCCUUCCUUCUCGUGUUCAACACGCACGACAUGGACUCGUUUGAUACUGUUUUCGCCUACCUUGCACGUGUUGUGCACUACAAGGACACGCGCCAGUUCCCUCUGAUUGUCGUGGGCACUCAAGCCGACCACGAAGUCUCUGCUGCAGACGCUGACGAAGCAGACGGCGAGGUAGCGACCACAGCGCAGCGCAACAACUUUCUCGAACCUGUCGAGCAGAAACGAAUUGUGCAUGGCCUCGACGCUUGCCCUUACUUUGAAGUCUCCUCCAAGACUGGGCGCAACGUCAGCCUUGCAUUCGAUGCGAUUGUUAAACAGCUCCUGGAGCCUCUUCGAAAACACAGCCCUGAUCUGAUGCGCAAGUUCCGUCUGCAAACAAACAGCAUGACCCUCACAAAGAUGCUUCUUCCCAACAAGCCCAAACCAUCCAAGAGCCAGAUUGCAUUGCUGCCACAAGAAGGCGUCGGUCGACCCAUUCCAAUUCGACAGAGCUACGUUGCUAAACAAGCUGGCGAUGGUGGCAAGUGGCGGAAAAAGUAUGCCGUCCUGGUCAAGGGCAAACUCGUCUACUAUCCCAAUUUGCAUGAUUACAUGAGCGAUGAGAACGCGAAAGAAAUCAACAUGAUGCACAUUACCGUCAAGCGCCCGAACAAACGACCUGCGACUGCCAGCCAACCACCCGUUGCCACCGGAUUGAGCCCUGCAGCUGCUGCAGCCGCUGCAUAUGCCGCAAGCCAGAGCGGCAACGGUGGCUCGUCGGAAGGAAGCUCGCCGCAGCCCGGCUCGGGGUUGAGCGAGCCGCUUGCUGCCUCGUCGGGGGACAAUUUCAUCGACGUUCCUCCUACCUCUGCUCGCCUCAGCCGAAGCGACAGCGCCGAGCCCCUGACUUCCGAUUUGCUGGAUACUCCUGCGGUUGCCCAGACCCCUGGCACACCCAAAAUGGUUUCGUCUCGACAAAGCAAUUUUGAUCUGCUCGGCCGCAGCGAAGUGGACUUUGAUGACAUGCCCAUGUCGCCCAUGGCCAAGGAUUCCAAAGACCGCGAGAAGCGGUUUAUUCGCGACCCUGCAGCGUGCUUCUCCAUCAUUUCCCUAGACGGCCGAACCUGGCAGUUCCAGGCUUCCAGCGGUGAAGAGUGCGAUGCAUGGGUUGCGGCGAUCGAGAAGGAAAUCCAAGCUUCCCUGACGACCAACGUGAUUGAGAAGGCGCGAAAAUCCAUCGCCGAUCCGACUCAACUCCUGCCCGGCGCACCGAGCAGUGGAAUGUCGCGCAAGGCGGCCAUGAAGGCGAUUCUCGCCAUGCCUGGCAACGACAAGUGUGCCGAUUGCAGCGCUCCCAAUCCGGAUUGGGCCUCCAUCAAUUUGGGCAUUGUGAUUUGCAUCGAAUGCAGCGGCGUGCAUCGCAAUCUGGGAGUGCAGCUGUCUCGCGUUCGCUCGCUGACCCUCGACGAUUGGAGCGAGGAGCUGGUCGUGGUCAUGACGGCCAUUGGCAACACGCUUGCUAACAGCGUCUGGGAGGCAACCGCUACUCCUGAGCAUGGCAAGCCUGGUCCCGAUGCAGACCGAGCGGAUGUGAACACUUGGAUUUCCAACAAGUACGAGAAGCGGCGCUUCCUCGGCACCAAGUCCACUCCUGCGCUUGGUCAACAACUUUACGAGGCCGUUGUGGCCAAUGACGUCAAGCGCUGCUUGCUGCUUCUCGCAUUGAGUCAGCCAUCGGAUCUCAAGUUUACCAACAGCGCCGACCAUGGGCGUAGCGUUCUUCACGCGGCUUGCGCAAUGGGGAGCGUAUUGUGGGUCCAAAUGCUAAUCUGGUACUCGGCAGACGUCUUGCUGCUGGAUGACGAUCAACAAUCGGCGUACGACAUUGCACAGGCGGGCUCGCAUCACUUGAUCGAGCGCUUGCUGGUGCAGAACGGCUUCUCCACGAGUAUUGUCAAGAAGCACAUGCAGGCGCACGGCGCGUCGUCUUCGCCAACGCACUCGAGCCCCGUGGCCGUGCAUGCCACGCCGUUGCGCGUGCCUCAGAUGGAGGUCAUCCCUGCUACGCCAACCCGUGCGUCGCCGCUGGAGAAGGAUCUCCUGAUGGAAAUCGAGCUUGCAUUCCCUCCACGCGCGGCGUCGCAAAGCAAGAGCGAUCUCACCACCAUCUCAGAUUCUGAGCCACCUACCCCUCCGGACACGGGUUCCCAAAGUCCGCUGAAAAUCACCGAAAUAUGAACGCGCAGACAAUAUUUUUAAUAAGAAACCAAAUCAGUAUUCAA